AUGUUGGUUACGGGCAGGGAAGCCGCGCGCUUCUGUCGGCCGCCAUUUCGAGUAAGGGAGACCGGACUCCUCGACGAAAUUAGGUUAAUAACUUAGCACUGCCGGUCUGGGGAUCUUUAAGACAGCGCUUAAAAGUUUUACUUAAACCAUAGGGCAAACUCUGUUUGCAGUUAAUGUCUUAAGGAUAACGAUUAUGCAGUGAGUGACAGAGAGAGAGGACUUGUGAGGCCACCCUGUCCUCUAGGUCCUAGUGAGAUUCUCGCCCUCCUUCCCUAGACUGCCGUGCUCCAUGGGAGGCUUCCUGAAGCAUCCUGCGUGACCGUGCAGGAGGUUCUGAGAAAGAAAGGAUAUCCUAACAGUCGCUUACUGAACUCCACCCGAACGAGCACUCAGUGAGAUACGCAACGGCAGCAUGAACGAGAGCGUCGGUGCUGAAAAGUGCGGCGACGUCAGUUCGCUUUGCAUGGAUCUCUCCAACCUUGUCACCUGGGCACACACUCAUGGGAAUAUAUGCAAACAAAUCCCGGCCUUGGAAGUGGUGCAGACCUCGGGGCAUCCCGGCAGAGACAAUUCUAUUCUGUGGAUGUGUGGGGGUGGACAUGCGUAUCACUGGCCAUGUGGAAAAUUACACUUCAGAAGCAGAGAAGAGAGCGAAGCUGUAGAAAAGAGGAAGAGGCUAACGUCCUCCGAGGCUCCCUCAAGGGAAGCCAAUUCAGGUGAAAAGAGGAUCAGGGUAACCUCAUCUUUUGAGAGUGCUAGAACAGGCACUGCUGCCCCAGGAUCACAUAGCAGAUCUCCAGGGGUCACUCAACAAAGAGAUGACACCGUCUACAUAGUACAUAAUGAACCGGCCCCCAGAGAAAAUGAGAAAAACAGAAAACCCAUUAAACCCUUUGCAGCAGGACGGCGUGUGUCAGCCUCCAAAGGUGAAAUCAAAACAGACGUACACAUGGUGAAGCUAGGAAGCAAUGAAGAUCUACAAAUCAUCUCUGAUGAUGAGCAGCAUGUAUCAGAUGCGGAAAGCCAAGCAGACAGAACCAGCCAGAAUAUUCCUUCAGACUCACCGCCCACUAGCUGUGUAACUGCUGAGGUAGAUUUGCAAAUGCAUCAUGAUCAGAAGACUGCAAUUAUCAAGCAGCCGGCCACUCCCACACCUGGCUUUGCCCCCACAGAAAAGCCACCCUUAACUCUUCCCUCUUCUCUAAAAUCCCCCGUAAGCAAUCAGAAGAUCCUGGAAAGCAGCUUCACGCGUCAAGGUCCUCGUAAUCCUGUGGAGUUCACAAGUGAAACUUCUAGAGCAAGGAAUUCCACUGGGUUGGCAACACCAAAAGAGCAGUUAAAACAGAUUUCUGUCUCCAACGCUGAAGCAAAAGCCCCACUAGAGUCACCCACCUCUGUGACAUUCUUUCAGUUUGAAGCCUCUGUAGAUGUCCAGCAGCAACUCCACCUGUGCUGCCCCGAGUGUGGCACACCAGGAACAGCCUUCAGUGGGGAUGCUGCUGGAAACCCUCCUGAGGGGAGCAAACCGUCGGUAUCUGAGCUUACACCUUGGCAUUCAGCCUCACUGAGUCCGGAAGGCAAGAAUUCAGACCAUCCAUCUCCGAACACAAAUAGGCUGAAGAAGAGAAACCGUAAUGCUAGUGACAUAAAGAUUUUCAGAGACUGGCUGGUUUUACAUUGCCCUUCUGAAGUGCGCGAGAUCUAUAAGCUGCCACCUGAAGACCUCGAUAAUUACCUGGCCUGGUUCUACAGUUCCGCAAAGAAACAGAACGGCAUGGAUUUCUCCGCCAACUCUUUGUACUUCUUUCAGAGCAGCAUAGACAGAUACCUCAAGGAUCACGAUUACGAGUACAGCGUGGUUAAAGGAGUGGAAUUCAGAACAUCUCAGGAAGCCUUGAAACUAAAGCAUCAGCAUCUAGCUCAAAAAGAGAGAGAGGGAGAGUGGGCUAUUUUAGAGAACCUGACAGAUGAAAACGUGGAUAUCCUUCGCAAGAACGGGCUGCUAAGUCAGAUGACCCCUCAGGGCUUUUUGCACCUGAUGCUCAUAAAUAUCAUUAGGGGGUUUGGGGCAAGUACGCACAAUCAGAGCCAGAAGCUGUACUGGGGACAGCUGGUGCUAAGAAAGGAUGAGGCAGGGCUGGAGUACCUGGAGUGGAAGAACGACCUCCAUGCGGAGGAAGCUGCGGGGGAAGCAGCUCCACAUCUCUUUGCCAGGCCUGACAACCCAGAUAACUGUCCGAUCCAGGACUACAAGAAGUACGCUAAGAGGAGGCCGCUGGAUAUGCUUCACGACUACGAUCCGCUCUAUCUGUCUCCCAAGCCCUUGUACUCCAUGUGGGACCAAGUAUGGUACUGUAGAAAGUCACUGACAAAAGCCAGAAUGGAAAAGAUGCUGAAGGCAAUUAUCCAGCAAGUCAAAGGAACUAAAAAGAGGGCCAAGAAGUAAAGGUACCCACUGAUUUCUGUUGUGCCACUUCGACAGGAGCCUGUUCCAAAGGGUUAAGUAGUGAUAUUUAGCAGAGGUUGAAGAGAACAUCCGUCCCUUCAGUUUCACCUUCAGACAUCUAGAGAUUUGCAUUACUUUAGCUUUCAGGGGUAGUGAAAAACUUCUGUAAUUCGUAACAGAAUUGAUAGUAAGUUAAAUGCAUAUGAGAAUUCUACUUUUACAAAUGUGAGAUGUUCGUGUUAUACUGUACUAAUAGUGACGUGGUAAGAUGCGCUGCCAGGGAGAGGGCUCCCCAGCUGAAUGACAAGCUGCCCUUGUGCUUAGAGAGCUGACACUUGCAAACGGUAUUUAGCCUGCCGUGUAACAGCCUGUCAUAAAAAGAUAAAUAACAGGAGUUCGUUCUGGGGGGGAAGGAGGAUGAUGAAAUACCACGUUUGCCAGCUGCUAAUCCAUAGCUCAUAGGAAUGCUUUCAACAAGGUUUAUGUCAUUUUUCUUAGUGAAAGAUUUGUAGAUUUAAGAAAUUCUGACUGUUUUGAAAAGUUACUUAAAUAUCUGACAGUGUUGAAAAGUUUUACGCUGUUUUCCCCAGAGCACUAACUAUAGCCA